GUGCCUGAGAGGACGGGCGUUUAGAAGUCAGCAUGGAAUUAGAAUAUUUAGAUGAGUCUAAUUUCUUUUGAAUUAUUUUAUAAAAUAAAAUAGCCUAUUCAAAAAAGUCGGCUUCUAUCUCGAGCUCAACAAGUUUUCGCAUUUGAAACAGGACUUUGAUGCAGUUGAGUGUAGCCUGGUAAAUUUUCUUGGUUUUAUUAAUUAAGAUUUAUCUCAAGGCACACAUUUAGGUUUUAAUAAUCGUAGCCUAAAUGAAUAGAGGAUGGACUCCAAAGAUGUCGCUGUAACGGAGCAAGGAAAGAUGUCAUUUCAAUGACAGGAAAAAUAGAGGAGGAGGGGAACUGCAUCUGAAAUAGCAGAACAUUUAUCGGGAGAUGUUGGAGAAAUCCAAUCUUGAACCUGUCCAAGUUGUCUGUUCUGGCUGUCACAACUGGGUUCCUGACAUCAAGUUGACCGAAUAAAAACUCAGCUGCUGACGGUGACAGCGUGCUCUGUUUUGGGCGCAUAGUCAAAUAGAAUCUUCUCGGUAAAGAGGUGAGGCAGAUUACUACCUCCCAAAAACUACCACCUCUCAUCUUUUGGGAUGAACUCUUACAGAAUACUAUCAUAUGUCGGGAAGAGAAAGAGGGAGACAUAGCCUCAACAGAGAAGAAGGGUCAAAGAGCGAUCUAAUUAUCCAAGAGAGAGACCGGGAAUUCGGUGCCAAUAUGCCCAGCGUCGAAAUGUUGAGGGCGGCAGUGGAGAGCAGAGGGUGGGCCUCGGGCGGAGAGUACCGUUCCAAGGACAUAGAAGGAGAAAGGAGGAUGGUGAAAUCUCCAUGAGGACCAGCGAGCUGGGAAAGGAGUAAAAAAAGAAAGCAGUGCCGUGAUAUAUUUGGAGGGAUUUAUUUUUGUUUUUGAGUGGUCAUUUAGGAGGGGAGGAUGGACAGAUCCGUGGGGGCAGGGACGUGUGAGCUGUCUGUUCUGGCACUAUGGUGAGGAGACAGAAAGCUACAAGCCAUUGGAGACUCUAAAACCAUGAGGUCAACCUUUCUAUUUUCCCAGACUGUCUUAAUAGCCUUUUAUUAUGCUCCUAUAGUUUUACACUGACAGGACAUCUUGUCCAAUUUUGAUUAUCUGUUUCCAAAGGGUGAGUGAUAAUUUACAUUGCCCUCCCUUUGCCCCCCUGGUUAGGGGAUGGAUGGGGUGGCCGGAGGUGUGGGUCCCCCUGGGGUGGGUGAGGGUCGCCCUGGUCGUGGUGGAGGAGACUCUAAGAGGCGCAGUAAGGGCAGCCUGUCCUCCCCAGGAUAUCGUCUCUCCCAGGCCUCUCUGGAGGGUGAUAGGUCAGGGGUCGAGGGGUCCGGAUCCGGGGGGGGGCGACGGCGCCUCUCCAUCUUGAGUGCCACCAGAGACGGCCUCCCCUUCCGAUCAGCGGGUACCCCAACCACCCCCGUCCCCUUACCCCCUCCCUCAGUCCCCUCAUCCUCUGCCCAGCAGCGCUCUGUUGGCUUUGCCUCGUCACGCGCUGCCCUCGCCUCCACCUCCUCCUCCACUGGCACCGGAGUGGUCGUGGUGGCAAUGGGCCCGGAAACCACCACGACCACGGCUUGUAACACCAUGGCGGGGACGCCAGACGGUCUGUCUGGACCCGGGGGGGUGGGAGGGUUCGGUAUGGGUCUGGACGGGGAGGACUACAGCUACUCCAACCAGUCCACGUUCAUCCAGAGACAGUUUGGAGCCAUGCUGCAACCAGGAGUCAACAAGUUCAGCCUACGCAUGUUUGGAUCCCACAAGGCAGUGGCCAUGGAGCAGGAGAGGCUGAAAUCAGCUGGGGAGUGGAUUAUUCACCCCUACAGCGACUUCAGGUUCUACUGGGACCUGAUAAUGUUGUGUCUGAUGAUGGGUAACCUGAUAAUCCUGCCAGUGGGAAUCACCUUCUUCAAGGAUGAAAACACUCCUCCCUGGAUCAUUUUCAACGUGGUCUCUGACACUCUCUUCCUGGUCGACCUUGUCCUGAACUUUAGGACCGGCAUCGUCAAGGAGGACAGCACGGAGAUACUGCUAGAUCCCAAGGCUAUCAGGCAGCGCUACCUGAGAAGCUGGUUCACGGUGGACUUUGUGUCGUCCAUCCCAGUGGACUACAUCUUCCUGAUGGUGGAUCUGGAGGCUCGGCUAGACUCAGAGGUCUACAGGACGGCCAGGGCCCUCCGCAUCGUACGCUUCACCAAGAUCCUCAGCCUGCUGCGCCUGCUGCGCCUGUCACGACUGAUACGUUACAUCCAUCAAUGGGAGGAGAUCUUCCAUAUGACCUAUGACCUUGCCAGUGCAAUGGUGAGGAUAGUGAACCUGAUCGGCAUGAUGCUGCUGCUGUGCCACUGGGACGGGUGUCUGCAAUUCCUGGUUCCCAUGCUGCAGGAGUUCCCCUCAGACUGCUGGGUGUCCAAGAACAACAUGGUGAACGACACGUGGGGGGUGCAGUACUCCUAUGCCCUGUUCAAGGCCAUGAGCCACAUGCUUUGUAUUGGCUACGGGGCCCAGGCUCCAGAGGGCAUGACCGACGUGUGGCUCACCAUGCUCAGUAUGAUCGUGGGUGCCACCUGCUAUGCCAUGUUUAUCGGCCACGCCACUGCUCUCAUCCAGUCCCUGGACUCAUCCAGACGACAGUAUCAGGAGAAGUAUAAACAGGUGGAGCAGUACAUGUCUUUCCACAAGCUCCCUGCGGACGUGCGCCAGAGGAUCCAUGAGUACUACGAGCAUCGCUUCCAGGGCAAGAUGUUUGACGAGGAGAACAUCCUGGGAGAACUGAGCGAACCACUGAAGGAGGCUAUAGUUAGCUUUAACUGCCGUAGCCUUGUGGCUCACAUGCCGCUGUUUGCUAACGCGGACCCUAACUUUGUGACCACGGUGCUGACCAAGCUGCGAUUUGAGGUGUUCCAACCCAAUGACUUCAUCAUCCGCGAGGGCACUGUGGGACGCAAGAUGUACUUCAUACAACAUGGACGAGUCAGCAUACUCACCCGCGGAAACAAGGAGACCAAACUCAGCGACGGCUCCUACUUUGGGGAGAUCUGUCUGUUGACGCGAGGCCGUAGGACAGCCAGUGUGAGAGCGGAUACGUACUGUCGUCUCUACUCUCUCAGUGUUGACAGCUUCAAUGAAGUCCUAGAGGAGCACCCCAUGAUGAGACGGGCCUUCGAGACUGUGGCCGUCGACCGUUUGGACCGCAUUGGUAGGAAGAACUCUGUCCUGAUGAGGAAGUCGUCCCAGGCGGGGUCCAUGGCGGGGGGCAGUAGUCUGGGGCGCGGCGGUCGAGGAGGGGGUGCGGGCGGCGGGGCAGGGUUGGCUAUGGGGGGUCUAGGCUCCUGUGACAGCAUGCUGGUCCAGCAGAUAGUGAAACACGACAGCAUGCCAGCCAUGCAGGACGCCAUCUCUGCUGCUGCCGCAGGAAGGGGAGGAGCCACGGGAGGGAGCGGUACGGUCUCCCCUAGGCCCCACCCACUCAUCUGGGCCCCACUGAUCCACGCUCCACUCCAGACGGCGGCAGCGACGACCAACGUGGCCAUCGCCUUUAUGCACCAGCAGCAGCAGCAGCAACAUCUACAGCAGCAACUGCAGCAGCAACAUGCGCUAGGGGGCGCCAUAUUCCUCCCUACCAUUUCCCCAUCGCCCUCCGUCUCCUUCCCCCUCUCCCCACCACGCCCCCCAGGGCUGCAGCCCCUACGCCCCUCGGUCAGUUCCUUAAUUGGGAUGAUGGGGGUAGGAGGGUUGGGGGGGCUGUCCCCUAGAGCGGGAUUUCCUCCUUUCCCGCCCCCCACCACCUUCUCCGCGGGCAACCCUGGAUGUGUGACAUCACAGACUGCCACUCAAACCCCACCUACGCCGGCGUCCUCUGUCCCCACGCCGGUCCAAUUAGGAAGGACCCUGCAUUAUAGUCUCCGCCUCCAGCCGGAAAACCCUUCAGUUACUGGUGGAGCAGCAGGAAUCCCCGCGAUAGGAGUGGCCACCACACCACACAUGUUCCACCCUGUGAAUCCCAUCUCUGCCUCCAGUGUCAUGUCGGACACCCGCAGUUCCAUAGGUGGCCAGCAGAGGGCGAAGGAGGCGCUGUUGCGUCACGGAGGAGGCAGCACCCAGGGCCUGCCUGCACUGGGGAGGCUCACCCAGGAAGCCAGGCACCUCUCUGCCUCUCAGCCCACCCUCCCACACCGAUCCUGGGCAGGCGUGCAGCCUCACCCCCCUCUCCAGCGUAAGGCCUCUGGAGGUAACCUGCUGCCCGCCUCGUUCCUGGCCGGGACCCAGCUGGCCAGGGGGGGCAGUGCGGGGGUGCUGACAACCCCCCUACCAGUCCAGGUUCCAACACAGCAAAUACAGAUGCCCCUCUUCAAUGCACAGACACAAGUAAAGACCCUCCCUGGUCCUGUCCCGGCACACACACACACCACCGCCCACAUUAACCCUGUCCCUGCAGGCACGAACACACUCCCCUCAGCUUCUCCCCUGGCUUCCUUUUUUACCUCCCCCAAACAAACUCCCCUCUCCUCUGCCCCCACCUCACCUGCUCCCACCCCCUCCUCCCCUAAUCCAGCCCUGACACCUCGCCCCAAACCCACCCCUACACCCCCCUCCCGCUCCUCCUCUCCUCCGCCCUGCUCCACCCCUCCCUCUGCUGGAACUUUUCCACUCAGCUCAACUCCUCGUCCCAAACCCAUCCCUUCACCUCCUUCACGUUCCUGCUCCCCUUCUCCUUCUUCCACUCCCCCUCCCUCCUCUGCAACCAUUAACUUUCCCCUGAGUUCAACUCCUCGCCCUAAACCAAUUCAUACCCCUCCCUCUCGAUCUUCUUCCCCCUCACCCUCCUCCACUCCCCCACCCUCCUCUGUCAGUAGUCCUCUCCACAUUCCACAAGCUCAUGGGCACAAGUCCUCUCCCUCCUCUUCCUCUCUCCCUUCCUCACCCACUCUUCUUCAAAGCCCCCUAAUCAAACCCUCCCCCACACCUCCCUCCCCUUCCCCUCUAUCAGGGCCCACCUCCACCCUUUCCAAAACCCCACCCCAAACCCAUACCCCUACCCCCUCUCAAACGCCUUCUCAAACUCCUACCCCUUCCAAACCCUGUACCCCUACUAGUACCUCCUCCCAACCUCCUAUCCCCUCCAAACCUCCUACUCCGACUCUAUCCCCAACACCUACCAGUCCUAUAACAUCUGCCUCAACCUCAACCCUAACCCCCAGGCCUGCCCCUGCAAACACUGCCAAACAGACCUCACGUACAGGGCCUGUGGAAACUCCCUCCGCUGAUCCAGUCGCCACAAAAGGCUCAUCCCAGACCCCAAAACAGCCCACAGCUGUCCCAACCCCUGUCCCAAAGCCCACUUCUAAAUUCACUGUUACUCCCACAAUCACACCCGUUCCUAUCCAUAACCCAAAACUGUCCUCCACUCCUCAAAAUCCCCUUUCCUAUUCCCCAAAUCUGUCCACUCAAACUAGCCCCCUCCCACCCACUCAGUUGUCCCCGGGUGCAGCCACCCUGCUCCCGAAGAGCCCCUGCCCACCAGUUGCUUCUGCCCCGACCUCUGCCUCACCCAAGGGAAGUGACAAACACCCUUAGCUGCCCCAGACAGGGGAAAAGAGUCACACAAACUGCCUGCCAACAUGUGAUGAUCCUGGAGGACAUAAUCUGAUUGGAGGAUGGACUUUUGAGAGGACUGAUUGGCCAGAGGUAGAUAUGCAGUGUAGGUUGUCACAAAAUACUCCAUGCCCCAUAUAAAGUAAGACAAUGUAGGGAAUAGGGUCCUGCCUAUUGAAGUUCAUCGAUCUGUCCUCCACCUUGGCACCAAACGUUCCAUAACUUAAAGCCACUAGCUUUAAGUGCUGUUGCCAACAUGGCGUGACGAGAGAUUCGAGAUGCCAAAUGAGUUGUGCAGACUCUGAAUGUGUGUUGUUCUCAUGGCUCUGACAGGCUAGGAUAGAAUCAGAGUUUAUGUUUAAAGUUCAUACAUUCAUAUUUACAUACAUACGUAUAUGUAUAUCUGUGUCUGUGAUUGGAGCAAGCAAGGGAGCUUAAGUGGAAAAAGACGUCGACAGGCAGUGUGAGGGAUAUUACACUUGAUAGUAAAGAUGAGGACAAUGCAGCUGAUUGGAGGAAGGUUUUGUGGCCAGUACUAAGGCGAAGAAUACGAUAGACACUUCCUGUUUUCCAGCUCCACUUCCCACUUGCCUGCUGCUCUUCACAAAAUGUAAUAUUUUCUCAUUAUAUGAUUAAUCAUAUCGAGAUUAUUAAUCACCUUAAAGUUGAUCAUCAUAUUGAUCAGUAACUAGGAGCGAUUGUUCCACAUGUAGUAAUGUCGUCCCAGGUGUGUGGUGUUUAGCUUUGGACCAAUAUGUUCACACAACCUCUGUAACCGAAUUGUAUUUGUUUUCGUGUGACACUUGUUACUGCUUCCUUGUACACUGUGGAUGUGGGUUUAUUGGUUCCACCUAGCUCCCUGUAAAUACACGCCCUUCUCUCUGUUCUCUCCUUCUAUCCCCCUGGCUCCUCACCUGCUCUGGCUCCUGUCUGCCUUCCUCCUGUCAUCUAUCCCUGUCUGUCUGAUCCUCCUUUCAUCUGUCACAGAGCUUUUGAAGUGAACUACAGCUCCAGAUACUUUCACAGAUGCUCUCUCUCUCUCUUUCUAUUUCUCCAUCUCUCAUUUCUCUGUAUCUGCUGUAUCUCUCCGUCUCUCUCAUCUUUCUUGCUCUUUUUGUCACCUUCCACCAUGCCAGUCCUCUCCCCUCCACUGUCCCCCCUCGCCCCCUGGUGUCAUGUCCAGUACUGUUUGAUGUUUUGUGGGUAGCAACAGAGCAUUAUUGUUUUAACCCUUGAUACCAUGUUGCCUAGAAUGUAUAUUUAAGGACCAAAUGUUUUAUUUUUUAUUUGUGAUCACAGCUUUAGCUUUUGAGCAAAAUCAAUACAAUUAUAGUUAAUGAUUAUGUUAUUGAUGAUGUUUAAAAUUACAAGGACCAGGAUGAUGGCAAGAAUGCUUUUGAUGAUAACUAGAAUAAAGCAAAUUCAGAAAGUCA